AUGAAUGGUCCCGCAGGAGGCCUGUCGCCCAUCUCCGUUGAUGGAAGCGACUGGUCGGGCCUCAAUCAGUACCAGAAAACUGAUGCGCCCUUUUCCCCUACGAUCUCUGCACGAGGUACCUUGGCCACUCCUCCAACAUCCGGCGCUCCCAGCUCUCCUCUCAGCCCGAAUAGCGGUGGCCCCCCCAGCAAUGGAAAUCCCUCUCCUCCAAGUUCGGUGGCAGCUCGAUCGAGCAUCGGGACAAUCAACAGCGAGAAGGGUGGUCGUCGGGGCCGCCCGUUGGAGGAUGUGAUGCACCAACAUUAUGUGACCCUUAAACGGUUUCUGGACGCCUCAUUGCGCGAAGAACGAAAGAAUGGUCGGUCCGAAAAGGCCCGUGAUAAGUUGCUCCGUCUCUCCGCAACCCAGUUCCAUGAGCUGAGUACCGAUGUCUACGAUGAGUUGGUUCGCCGUCAGCAAGCAAUGCCUCCGCCGGGUCGCCCUGCUCGAACCGAUGUCCCGUCCUUCCUCCCUCCCCGCAAAGAUUUCCACGAGAAACGAAACCACGCCCGCCAAAAACUCGCGUCUCUGCAACACGCGCGAUUCCGAGAUCUCGCCACGGACGUGUUCUGUGAAUUGGAGCGCCGAUUCCCACACUUCACAGGCCGCCCGAGACCGCCGCCUCCAGGCUCCAGAUCGUCCCAGUCGCGAGGCCCUCCUCCGGCGGGGCGAGGGUAUCCCUCCGGCGGCCCUCCUGGGGGCCCGUUUCCGCCUCGGCAGGUCUCUUUAGGUGCUCCGCCUGUCGGGCCAAAUGGAGAGGGCCCGGUUCCCCGAGCAUUUCAGAGCAGUACUAUGGUGCCGAAUAAGAGCACCAUGGUGGAGGACAGCGACGAUAUGGCGGGCGACGAUGAUGAGGACGCACGCAGCGAUGCUUUCGCACUGGAUGCAGUCUUGAGCAGGCGCGGGACUACGACGACUUUGGGGGACAAUGAGCGAAAAUUGCUCAUGGACAGCCAGACGCAAGUGUCUGCGUUGCAAGAAAAGGUUGAGAGGCUGGAGGAACAACUUCGCUUGAAGGACGAUGAGAUAGCCCGUGGGUCAAGCGCCGACCAGUCGAUGAUUAGCCAAAGCGAGCGUCAAGAGUGGGAUGAUUUGCGACAAGAUCUAGAAAGCAAGGUCUCAAAGGCCGAGGAUCUUAAUCAUUCACUGCAAGAGGAGCUUGAAAAGAUGCGCGCGGAACAUGACCGGACGGAACGUGACCUUCGUAGUCAGCUUGAAGAAGUCAGCCUAAAUGCGGGAGACCCCGAACUAGAGGCCCGUUAUAUGGAGUUGGAGACAAAGCAUCAAAGCCUUCAAGCCGAGCUACAGCAACAGCAGCAGGUGGCAGCUGAGGUUCGUCGUGUGGCAUCCGAAUCUCUCGCGGAGAUGAGGAGUUUGACCACGCAGAACCACAAAGAACUAGAACGGGAGGAACGGCUCUCGGUUGAUGUCCACAGGCUCGAAAACGAAGUGAAUGAGUGGAAAGAUCGGUAUGCCAAGGCAAAGUCACAAUUGCGGGAUCUGCGCAGCUCUGCCGGCAGUCUUGCCGAUCAAAUACCCGAUGCCUCCAAGGUAGUAGCUCGGGAGCACGAGCUCUUACAGCCCGACGGUAUUGUCGAGGAUCUGCAUGUCACCAAGUUCCAGAUCUCGAUCGACGAAUUGCUACGUGUUGCGCGAAUUGACGACCCGCAACAAGUGUCUCGUCAUAUCAAGAACGUGAUCGUGGCCGUACGCCGUAUCAUACAUGACGUGGAUCAGGCUCCUUCUCCGAUGGAUGGUUCGGCCGCCUUACGUGUCAAGGCCAAAGGACGUGUCUCUGUGACUGCGAAUAAUAUGAUUACCGCCGCACGGAACUUUGUUCGCUCUGAUGGCCUCUCCCCUGUCUCUUUGAUGGAUGCGGCUGCGUCGCAUUUGAGCACGGCCGUUGUGGAGUUGAUCCGCCUUGUGAAAAUCCGGGUGUCUUCUGUGGAUGCAUCGGAUGAGGAAGAAGAACAAGAUCUCCCCACGGACAAGUCUCCAGAAUAUUUCAGCGCUCCACCCAGUCAGCGGCGACUCAGCAACAAUUCCGAAUACAGCGUCCUGAGUCCUCCUGAUGAGAUGUCAUCCUCACUCCAGCAGGACGUCAGCACUACUCAAAGUUAUAAUUACGGAGCUCCUCAAGGGGACCACGAGCUCCAGGAGUUGAAGCUAUACGUCGAAGACCAAACCGAUAGCAUGGUGCAAUCAAUCCAGGCUCUCGUUGCUAGCAUUCGUGCGGAGCAUGGCAUGGAUACCGUCGAAAUCUAUGUGUCGGCUAUCGGGAACAUCGUUGGCAACGUGAUCGCGUCCACCGAACACUUGAUGCACGACCGCAGCGGGGAUGUCUCUCUUCGAGAACAAUCUCAGCCAGUGAUUCACAGUUUGAGCCAGUGUCGAGACCGUCUGGCAAAAAUCGUCACCGAGGGACAUAAUGCCACUAGUCCAGAGCAGCUCCGUGAACUCACCAACCAGCUUCCUCCGCUUGCCUUUGAAACUGCUCGUCAUGCCAAAGACCUCAUCCAGCGACUGGAAACGUUGUCACUAGGAGACGACGACGAUGACGACUUCCGAUAA